UUAUUCAUUUUGGUCCGUACAAUAGCUAUAGUCGAUAACUCGAUCUCGAUAGUUUAUAUUUUAAACAGUACAUUUUCAAUAGUUAUUAAUGUAAAAUACAUUAUUAUUUCCACUGACCCUUUACCCCUAUUUUGUCAUGUGUGCAAUGACUUCCUUUUUAAUCGAUUUUGCAAGUGAAAUACUGAACUCAAAACCAUAUUUCCUUCAUUGAUUUCAAAAAACGAAUUUGGAGUGGACCUUUGUUCAUUAGUAAAAUUUUAGUUUGUAAAAAUAUAAAUUUAUAAAAACUAGCAUAAGCUAUAAGUUUAUAUGUCGAAUACCCUCGCAUUAGGGACAUGAGUACACCAUUAUAUAUAUACAACUGAGUAUAUUUUUUUAAACAAAAUUAAGUGGUUUCAAAUUCCGACACCUGUACAUUAGGCCUAAUCGUAGACCUAUAUUAAGAUAUUUUUUUAAAUAUAAAAAAAAAUCAUAAAAAUAUUUAUUCACAUUGUUAUCCAUCAAAGAACUCCAUCCUACGUAACUGAUCGGAAUUUUACUCUCUACCAACCACCAAUCUUGAUGUUAUAAUUUAUUUCGCUUUACGCUCGUGCAUGUUAUAUGGGACUGUCAUGGAGAAUACAAAGGUUUUUAAAGUGUGGAACAACAAUCGCACAGAGGGGCGAUUGUUGGGGGCCAGCAAAUUUCAAGAAUUAAAGACCAAAGUAAUUACAAAAUUUGAAUUGGGCGAAGAAACAGGAAAUAUUCGACUUGUUUUAAGUGAUGGGUGUAUAAUAGAUGACGAAGAUGUUUUUCUACAACUUGAAAGCAACGAACUGUAUGUCUUGAAAGCAGAUGAAGUUUUAAACAUCCCCCAAGCAUUAUCAACUGCAUCAGGAGGGUCAGAAGCAGGAAUGCCUUCAUCAAAGAGCGAACAGUUAUCUGAAUUAGUAAAAAGACUGCGUUCAAAACAAUCGAAUCAGAGACCAUCGAAAAAGCAGAAGUCUACAUCUAUGACGUGCCACAAAGUUCAGCUUGGGUGGAUGUUACAUACAGGUACUAAGUUUACACAAGUGCGGACCUCCAGUGGUGGGGGGACGAGAAUUGUGGAAAUGGCAGAUGCUUCAACAUAUGCGGAAAUCAAAAAUAGAGCGAUAGAAAUUUUCUUUCCAAAUGGUUCCAAUAUUAAAGGAAAGAAGGAAGAUUUCGAUCACCACCUUGGGGAUUUUCAGGGCCGUUCCAUUCCCCAAGAUGGAUUCACUCUUCAAAUAUACAUAAACUCCAUGAAAGCAUGCAAUAUGACAGUUAAGCCACGGCUCUAUCUUUUAUCAAAGAUGAAAGAUGAAGAAAAUGAGGAUGAAAGCUGGGAAUUUGCGGAAGAAGUGGAUGUUAAUCCACCCAUUUCCAUUCUGAAUGCGCCAGGAGUCUCAACUCAGAAUCCACAAAAUCCAGCU